CGCUCGAAUUCAAAAUGUCGCGGAUAUGUUGGGUUGAACUCCGAAGCUUGAGGAUUUUCCGUAAUCUCGCUCUAGUCGCAUACGGUAUAGCUCAUUCAACACUCGAUGGAGGAUAUUGAUUGGCUGUGACGGGUUAAUAAUCGACCGAGAAUCCGACCGGCGGAGCGCGGGAGGAUCCAUGGAGGACAAGGCGAUUAGGCGUGUUCAAGGUACCCAGGUAUAGACGAGAAUAGCUGUGAAGGCACCCUAAGGACUGCGACCUGUCCUUGCCAAUAAUUAUUUCCAGUCUCUCACGUUCAACUUAUUCCGUGAUACCGCGGCCAUCGCGAUUUAAUUAUAUUUUAUAAGGGCGACAAGGUCCUACUUCUCUUUAACGAUACCCCCAGGAACGAGCUCACGAUUGGAAUGGCUUAAUGGGAGAAAACGGAACGGACAUCAUGAGCUCCAUCGUAUUUGUUGUGUCAGCUCUGGAUGCUAUCGCCGCAUCCAAGGAGGCGCACAAGAAGCCUCAACUCGGCGAGGCGACAAAGAAGGCUCUUGCCGAUAUAAAAGCUCUCGAACCUCAACUACCAGACCCGGAGGUCCUCUUCAUUCCCUUGCAGCUUGCGACCCUAUCGUCGAAUAUUGCGCUUACGACGACUGCCCUCGACUGCAUUGGGAAGCUGAUUAGCUACUCAUACUUUUCGCUCCCAUCCACAACCCCGACAGAGAACGAUGCCGACAAGGCACCUCUAAUUGAACGAGCAAUCGACACAAUAUGCAACUGCUUCCAGGGCGAAAGCACGCCGGUGGAGGUCCAGCUACAGAUUGUGAAGUCUCUCUUGGCAGCUGUGCUGAAUGACAAGAUUGUGGUUCAUGGAGCUGGCCUCCUGAAAGCUGUGCGACAAGUUUACAAUGUCUUCCUCCUGUCGAAAAACAGCGCCAACCAACAAGUUGCCCAAGGCACAUUGACGCAGAUGGUCGGCACAGUCUUCGAGAGGGUCAAGACAAGGAUACACAUGAAAGAGGCCAGGGCAAACCUGUCAAAGCUUGGGAAAGAUACUGCAAACGGCAGCUCCGUAACAGUUAAUGCUUCGGAAGCCGAGAGUAUAGCAGAUGCAGAUACGGAGAAGGUGGAUGCGGAUGCGGAACCAGAGACUACUCCUCCAGGGGAAGAAGGCCCCAAGCUCACACUGAAGGAUCUGGAGCACAGGAAAGAUUUCGACGACUCGCAUAUGGGCGAUGGACCUACGAUGGUCACACAGCUGAAGCAAGCCAGAAAGGCCUCUCGAGCUACUUCGAAUCAAACCUCGGUUGAAGAUGGUUCGGAUGAGACCAACGACGACGAAAUGGAGGAUGAGGUCUACAUUAGGGACGCAUACCUCGUCUUCCGUUCAUUCUGCAACCUGAGCACAAAGAUUUUGCCUGCCGACCAAUUAUUUGAUCUGAAGAGCCAAGCGAUGCGAUCCAAGCUAAUAUCUCUUCACCUCAUCCACACCCUGUUGAAUAACCAUGUCUUGGUGUUCACCUCGCCGCUAUGCACCAUCACCAAUAGCAAAAACAACGAGCAGACAAGCUUUCUACAGGCGGUUAAGUUUUAUCUAUGCCUGAGCAUUACACGGAACGGUGCCAGUUCUGCGGAUCGAGCUUAUGAAGUAUGCUGCGAGAUUUUCUGGCUGAUGCUGAAAUAUAUGCGUGCGCCAUUUAAGAAAGAAAUAGAGGUUUUCCUCAACGAAAUAUACUUCGCUCUUAUUGAGAGACGGAGUGCGCCCCUUAGCCAAAAGAUAUACUUCAUGGGUAUCUUGCAAAGGUUCUGCGCUGAUCCAAGAGCUCUUGUGGAAACUUACCUCAAUUAUGACUGCGAUCGAGCAGCUCUGGACAAUAUGUUUCAAAGGCUUAUCGAAGACCUUUCGAAGGCAUCCAGCACCUCGGUCACUAUUAGCCCGAUCCUCCAGCAACAGUAUGAGGACCGUGCCAACAAGGGGCCCAUCGACUGGCAAUCCAAGGGAGCAAUGCCGCCGCCCCUUUCGACAAUGUAUAUGAGUAAUUACAGCGAGAAUGAGUCGGAAGUGCCAAAAGAGUACAUUGUAAAGCGUCAGGCCUUGGAUUGUCUUGUGGAGACUCUAAGGUCAUUGGUAAAUUGGUCCCAACAAGGCAUUGCUGAUGUCACGGCACCAGCGCCUGACAGUCUGGAUCCUCGAGUUUCGACAGACGAUUUUAGAGCUUCGAUUGAUCCAUCUGGAGGAGAUUCAGCAUCAAAAUCGGGCGAUGGUAACACUCCGUCCUCGGCCUCCACACCUAUUCCCGAAGAUGACCCAGACCAGCUAGAAAAGGUGAAGCAAAGGAAAACUGCCAUGGCCAAUGCCAUCAAACAGUUUAAUUUCAAACCUAAACGAGGCAUAAAGCUUCUACUUUCUGGGGGGUUCAUUCCAAGCGAAAGCCCCGAAGAUAUUGCCAAGUUUCUCUUAAUGGAUGACAGGCUGGAUAAAGCUCAAAUCGGCGAGUUUCUCGGAGAAGGUGACCCAAAGAACAUCGAAAUCAUGCACGCUUUUGUGGAUGCUAUGGAUUUCACGAAACGCCGAUUUGUAGACGCACUUCGCCAGUUCUUGCAGUCGUUCCGACUUCCCGGAGAGGCUCAGAAGAUCGAUCGUUUCAUGCUUAAGUUUGCAAAUCGCUACGUUACUGGCAACCCGAACGCCUUUGCGAAUGCUGAUACUGCAUACGUGCUGGCAUAUUCCGUGAUCCUGCUAAACACUGAUCUUCAUAGCUCCAAAGUCGCCAAACGCAUGACCAAGGAAGACUUCAUCAAGAACAACCGUGGAAUCAACGACAACGCUAACUUACCUGACGACUACCUGAAUGGCAUCUAUGAUGAGAUUCAGGGCAACGAAAUCGUACUGAGAAGUGAGCAAGAAGCCGCAGCUGCUAUGGGAAUAGCACCUCCUCAAACUGGUGGCGGCAUUGCCUCCGGCCUCGGUCAAGCUCUUGCAACUGUUGGCCGUGACCUCCAGCGCGAGGCCUACUUGCAGCAAGCUGAAGAGAUCUCGAUUAGAUCCGAGCAGCUCUUCAAAACCCUCUUCAGAAACCAGCGACGCAAUGCUGCCAAUUCUGGCGCCCCAAAAUUCAUUCCUGCUACGUCUUUCAAGCAUGUUGGACCAAUGUUCGAGGUCACAUGGAUGUCCUUCUUUUCUGGGUUGUCUGGACAGAUGCAAACUGCCCAUAACUUGGAAAUUAUCAAGCUCUGCAUGGAAGGCAUGAAGCUAGCGGUCCGCAUUGCCUGCCUAUUCGACCUGGAGACCCCCCGCGAGGCAUUCAUAUCCGCCUUAAAGAACUCAACCAACCUUAAUAAUUUGCCAGAAAUGAUGGCGAAGAACGUGGAGGCGCUGAAGGUGCUUCUGGAAAUAGCCCAGACUGAAGGAAAUGUCCUCAAGGAGUCGUGGAAGGACAUCCUUAUGUGCAUCAGCCAACUUGAUCGGCUACAGCUCAUCUCUGGGGGUGUCGAUGAAAGGGCGAUUCCAGAUGUGUCGAAAGCUCGCAUUGUGACAGCCCGACCAAAUCCUGAUGAGCCAAGAAAAUCUUCCGCGAGCCAAAGACCUCGCCAGAGGCCGCGCUCCACCACACAGACUGGCUACUCCGUUGAAAUCGCACUCGAAAGCCGUUCCGAUGAGGUCAUCAAGGGUGUUGAUAGGAUAUUCACCAACACCGCGAAUUUAUCAGGAGAGGCAAUCGUUCACUUUGUUAGAGCCCUGACGGAAGUCAGCUGGGAGGAAAUCAAAAUAUCAGGACAGAAUGAAUCGCCAAGAACUUACAGUCUCCAAAAGCUUGUGGAAAUCAGCUACUACAACAUGACCCGAGUUCGUUUUGAGUGGACAAACAUUUGGCUUAUUCUUGGCGAGCACUUCAACAAAGUUGGCACUCAUAACAACACCGCCGUUGUAUUCUUUGCCCUCGAUUCUUUGCGACAACUGUCAAUGCGUUUCAUGGAAAUGGAGGAGCUUCCUGGUUUCAAGUUCCAGAAGGAUUUCCUCAAGCCUUUCGAGCAUGUCAUGGCAUACAGCAAUGUGGUUGCCGUGAAAGACAUGGCUCUUCGUUGUCUCAUUCAAAUGAUCCAAGCACGUGGCGAGAACAUCCGUUCUGGAUGGAGGACGAUGUUCGCGGUUUUCACAGUGGCGGCAAGAGAGCCGUAUGAGAGCAUUGUUAAUCUUGCAUUUGACAAUGUCAACCAGGUCUACAAGACCCGCUUUGGUGUUGUCAUCUCACAAGCUGCCUUCCCCGAUCUCGUCGUUUGUCUCACGGAAUUCUCAAAGAAUAUGAGGUUCCAAAAGAAGGGUCUUCAAGCCAUGGAAACGCUCAAGUCAAUUAUCCCAAAGAUGCUAAAGACACCCGAGUGCCCUCUCUCCCUAAGAUCUACGGCCAAUUCUGACGGCUCAAUUCCGGCGAAGGAUGGGCCCAAGAACGAGCCAAGCCGUGCUUCGCAAGAAGAGGCUUUCUGGUUCCCAGUCUUAUUUGCUUUCCAUGAUGUGCUCAUGACUGGAGAAGACCUCGAAAUCAGAUCAAACUCGCUCAACUAUCUCUUCGAUUCCCUCAUUAAGUAUGGUGGUGACUUCCCGCCUGAUUUCUGGGACAUCGUUUGGAGGCAACUGUUGUACCCGAUCUUCAUGGUGUUGAAGUCCAAAUCCGAGCUUUCAAAUGUUUUAAAGCACGAAGAACUCUCUGUAUGGUUAUCAACAACCAUGAUCCAAGCGCUUCGCAGUAUGAUCACGUUAUUUACGCACUAUUUCGAAGCACUUGAAUAUAUGCUGGAUAGGUUUUUGGACCUUUUGGCACUUUGCAUCUGUCAAGAGAACGACACAAUUGCGAGGAUUGGUAGCAACUGUCUGCAGCAACUUAUACUACAGAAUGUGACGAAGUUCAAGCCCGAGCACUGGGCGAAGGUGGUUGGAUGCUUUGUCAACCUCUUCAAGAAGACCACCGCGUACGAGCUUUUCUCCGCUGCGACCAACCCGUCCACUCCAUCCCUUUCAUCGACUGGUUUCGAAAAUGGACCCGUCGAUGCGGAUGGUGCCGACAGCCCUGAAGUUUCUUCCUUGAAGAUAAACGGAGCAAAUGGAGCGAACGGCUCCGUCGGUUCAGAUUCAGGAAGUAUGUUGGACGACGAGGGAGCAGGCCCGUCGGCGACCAACUCAGCAUCGGGAUUGGAAGACUACAAGCCACAGAGUGAUGUUCAACAGCAGCCUAUUCCGGUCACAGCAGCCCGUCGACGCUUCUUCAACCAAAUUAUAACUCAAUGCGUUCUGCAGCUUCUGAUGAUUGAAACGGUCAACGAGCUGUUUUCAAACGAUGCAGUAUAUGCUCAAAUUCCAAGCCCCGAACUUUUACGGCUGAUGGGUCUUUUGAAGUCGAGUUUUCUUUUCGCAAAGAAGUUCAACAACGACAAGGAUCUGCGCAUGCGGUUGUGGAGAGAAGGCUUCAUGAAGCAGCCACCGAACUUGCUGAAGCAGGAAAGUGGAAGCGCCUCGACUUAUGUCAGUAUCCUUUUGAGGAUGUAUCAUGACGAGAGCGAUGAGAGGAAGCGCAGCCGCAACGACACCGAGGCAGCGCUUGUCCCUCUGUGCGCAGACAUCAUCCGCAGUUAUACACUGUUGGAUGAAGAAUCGCAGCAAAGGAACAUCAUCGCGUGGAGGCCUGUGGUUGUCGAUGUGAUUGAGGGUUAUACUAACUUCCCGGAGGAUGGGUUUACUAAACAAAUUACUGUGUUCUACCCACUAGCUGUGGACCUCCUGAAUAAGGAUGUGGGUGUGGAUGUCCGCCUGGCGCUACAGGGCCUUCUUAGGAGAGUAGGAGAAACAAAGCUUGGAAUUCCUCCUUCGUCCAGGACGACUUCACCAGAUGGAAUGCUUCGCGGGCCAAACCCGUCAAGAUCAAGACGGGCUAGCCGCCGCGACUAAAAUCCCGGGAUUUGCAGAUGAGAUGACAAGUUACUGUGACUUGGGUCAUCGUUGGUUCUGAUCCUGUUUAUAUUGAGCUGGUUAUGCGGAUGGUAAAACUGCAUAUGGUUAUGAGGAGCGGUUGUAAUACUCUAAAUAGAUUGUAUUGCUUUGUACGAUACUUUAUAUGGUCCUGCACAAAAAUGGC